AUGAAGGCAGGCCAUCGAUACCGCGUUCGAUUCAGCUUCGACACUCCAGGCGCUGGGCUCUAUGUCCAGGGCCCUGAUCAUGACAGCGGGCGCACGACUCUAAGGUCGAGCCUGGCAGAGGCGAUCGACUACUACUUCGUAAAAGGACCUCGGAUGGAUGACGUCAUCGCCGGCUACCGCAGCAUCACAGGUGCGGCACCUUUGUAUGGAAAGUAUGCCUUCGGCUUCUGGCAGUGCCGAGAGCACUAUGCAAGCCAAGCAGAGGUUCUCGAGGCCGCCCAUGGCUUUCGGGACAGAUCGAUCCCAGUGGAUGCCAUCGUGCAGGACUGGCUGUACUGGGGUGAUCUCGGCUGGGGACCCGAAUGGGAUUUGACGCGCUACCCUGACCCUGCAGGCAUGGUCCAGGCGCUAAAGACCAUGGACAUGAAGCUCAUGGUCUCCGUUUGGGGCAAGUUCGACAACAAGACCGCCAUCUUCAAGGAGAGCCUGUGGUUGGAUGCGACGGAACCCGAGGGCCUCCCCAACAUCGACCAGGAGACAUUCCUGGGCUCCGGGAACCAAUAUAUGAACACCUUCUCUCUGGAAACCACAUCGGGAAUUGCAAAUGGAUUGCGGAAAGAUUAUCCGAAUGCUCAGGGCGCUCGCGUUUUCAGCUUGACGAGGAGCUCCUUUGCAGGUCAGCAGAAGACGGGAGCUGCUCUUUGGACUGGAGACACCACGGCGAGUUGGGACAUGCUUCGUCGGCAGGUGGCGAGCUCCAUCAACUACCCGAUGUCUGGCAUACCCUACUGGGCACAGGACAUCGGUGGUUUCUUCCGACCAAAAGAUCAAUACACUUCUGAUGACUAUCGCAGACUUUUGAUUCGCUGGUUUCAGUUUGGAGUCUUCACGCCGAUCUUCCGGGUCCACGGAGCCGGGAGUCACACGGAAAUCUGGAACUUCGGGAACACCACCAUGGACAUCAUCAACAUCUCUGCUAUUACUCUGAGAUACCGGCUCCUGCCCUAUGCAACUCCAGAUCAUGUGCUGGUUCAAUUUUACGAUGUCUAUUCUGGGUUUUGGCGCGUGGAAGCGCAAGCCUACACGAUGCAGCGAGCGUUGACCUUCGAUUUUCCUGAAGAUGCGGCAGCACGGCGCAUCGCGGAUGCUUACAUGUUUGGACCCUCCCUGCUGGUGACUCCGAUUGUUUCGGCCGGAGACUCCGGUAAGGCGACUACAAGGGAGAUUUACUUCCCGCAAGGCAGUUGGAUUAAUUUCCACACCGGAGAGCAGUAUGGAGGAAUGCAAAAUGUGAGCUUCACUUUGCAGCAAGCUCCUUUCUUCUGCCGCAAGGGAUCCCUCCUGGUUCUUGGGCCCAGCAUCCAGUCGACAGCUGACACGAAUCCUGAUCUGGAAGUCCGCAUUUACCCGGGAGCAGAUGCAACCUUGGCUUUAUUUGAGGAUGACGGCUCUUCUACCAAAUACCGCGAGGGCAGCUACUCGACCAUAGAUUUUGCGUGGCAAGACAGCAGCCAGACGCUCCGAAUUUCCAGCAGGAAAGGCGCUUACCCCGGCAUGCCGCAAGCAAGACGGAUCUGUGCUGUGGUCGUUUCGCCUGGCCAUGGUGUAGGCGUUUUCCAAUCAAGCUGUGAUCGGCAAGCUACGUAUGCUGGAGAGGAGAUCGCGAUUCAGUUCCAUAGCUCGAUUGUGGUGUAG